AUGGAGGAAGAAGAGAACAACCAGCUGGCCUUCCUGGAUGUCCUCGUAUGCCGCAAGGAUUGUGGUGGACUAAAGACCAAAGUGUUCAGUAAAGCGACAAAUACGAUGCAAGUACUGAACUUCAACAGCGACCACCCAAUCAGUCACAAACGCAGUUGUGUAAAGACGCUCUGUCGGCGUGUCGAAACGCACUACAGUGAGCCGGAAGACAAGAUUGCUGAACUACAAUACCUCCGACGGGUCUUCAAAGCCAAUGGCUACCCGCGCAACUUCGUCGACCGGUGCAUACGCAAAAGGGACGAAAGGCCUAACCGCACGGACACCAAAUCUUGGCGGGCACUUCCGUAUGUCAAGAACGUUUCGGAAGCUGUCGGCCGCCUUCUCGCACCAAUUUGGGUUAGAGUGGCACACAGACCGGAGGCAACCAUCAGGCGUCUGAUCAUGAAACCGAAGGACCCACUGCCACGGCUAAAAAUGUCUGGAGUCUUUUAUCGGAUCUGGUGCAGUUGCGGACAAAGCAACUAUGUCGGAGAAACCGGAAGACAGCUCCGAACGAGAAUGACCGAACACGCGGCAGCGGUGCGCAGAAAUGACGCCAGCUCUCAAGUUGCGGAUCAUUCGACGAGAUCCGGCCACACAUUCAAAUUCGAUGAGGCCGAAAUUCUCGCAAGAGGUAACAACCGCGUGAGCCGGGAGCUACUGAAAUCAUGGUUUACUGGACCCCAGUCCAUCAACAAAUGCAAAGAUCUUCCCACUCCAUACUCCGUGCUACAACUUCGCCUAGGUGGUGUAACAAGCCACGCGGGGAGUGCAGAGGUGAACACUCUUCCCGACACCCGGGUCAGCGCGUCAGAUGGUCGAGCAAUCAUCACACCAACGUCUAACGCAUGUAAUUAAAUUGCAGCAAUUAACGACGCGAACAUCGGCCAUUACGCCACGUGCAACGAUCCCUGAUGAAUGGGAGAGAGCCGUAAAUAAUCAUAGGUAUGCGGUAGCAUGGCUACUGCAUCCUAUAAAUACUGCAGUCGCAUGCACAUGAAUCAACCUUAUCUGCUUAUGUCUCUGAUGAAGGAUUCGAGCAGGAAUUCGAAACGUCAGGCUAAUAAAGCUCUUGUCCAGACGCUCGUGCCUUAUUCUUCAAGACUGCGUCCCAGCACUCGUCUGUUCGCUUCUAUUGAAAAUGUGCGACUCAUUUCACAAAGUAGGAUAGGUAUUAAUCUAGACAGUGGGACUGCAUAUCUCGCAAAAGAUGGAUGGGAAAAUCGCAUUUGCAUUUGAAUAAGUCCUCUACAACAACAUCUGCGGCAUCUGCACAUCACGGCAUAGUCAAUUCCGUAGGGAAUUCGACUACUUUUAAUGUUGAGCUCUUUAAACACACCAUCACGCCUGGUAUAAACACGCCACUAUCGACUCCCCCAGCAACGCCUAGUAGGCCUAAGCGUGUGUCUAAGUUUAAGACAAAUCCAAUUACUGUAUUAGCCACUCGGACACCCGAAAAAUCCAGUACCAGUAUAAAACCUUUCCUCCACAAUCGGCUAACAGUGCCUCCAAUACCCCGACUCAAAACGUAGCGUGCUUCCAACUGCCCCCAGCCCUCAUUACGAGGGAUUUAGGCCGAAUAUGCCGAUUUUUCCGCCGUUUACUAAAACUCUUGCUCCAAUGGAAACAAAGCGUCCCCCGUCCCCUAACUCAUUUCCUCCACGGCCGUUUUACCAAUUUAUUCCUCAUGAUAAUGUCCAUACUGAGUCAGUUAACUCAUCCGAUCCUCCGUUUGUUCCGGCGGGAAUACGCUACAGUAUCUGUCCCGCGGAUUUCCAGUUGAAAAUUAGUUAGCUUACAAUGGCUACCAGUUCACCUGCCCGUCAUUUUCUCCCCCAAGUCCUACCCCUUUUUAUCCACGCAGAAGUUUUCGAUGCCACAAAAUUUUUUGCAAAACCGGAUGGUUGCAUCUGGACCAUUUGCUCCGUGGGCAGCCCAGAACUCGACGAUGUAACCCACUUCCCUCAGAAACAAACAGCCUUUCCCUUCAAAAAUUUUGUUUUAAAUGCCAGGUAGUUGCUUAAUAAGAUGCCUUUGCUUCAGACUCAGGUGUUUGUCCAUUGUCCAGAUAUUGUUUAAGUAACUGAGACGUGGGUAUCAGCCUCAGUAGCUGACUCCGAACUCUCUCUUUUAGGCUAUAAUUGCACCCGAAAUGAUCGCCAAUAUAGCCGUGGUGAGAGCAGCUGCGUCUACGUUAAGCAAACACUUACAUUUUUGCCGUUGGACCUCCCGCAUUUUUCCGCAGUAGAAGUCAGCUGCUGGCUCCAGGUUGCACUAAAAAUUAGUUCUCCUUACUCGUUGGCCGCGUCUAUCGCCCUCCCAAUGCCAACGACAAUUUUGAUCGUUUACACUCACAGGCUUUUUAUGCUGCGGCCGACUUAAGCAUUAAGUAUAAAAUGGUUGCGGGUGACUUUAAUCUUCCCGAAGUCCGCUGGUCUCCGCCUUCAGGCCCGAGAAGGUUCUAAGACAUUCUUGAGGCUGUAGAUGUUGGGAUGUGGAAUCAGGUUGUCGAUUUUCCCACCCGAGGCUCAAGCAUACUUGACCUUAUUUUCUGUAGAGGCUGCAUGCACUCGUUAGUGCCAUCCCUAGGUCCACUCGGGGCUCAGACCAAGACAUAUGUGUUUCAACGUUGGAAUUCGAGGCUGACAAAUCGUCGUCCCCAAAGUAUAACUUUUUCCGCGAUUUCCGACCAACUCGCUCAACCAAAUUAUUAAGACACCUGUAUUCCUACGACUGGACUGAUUUCUUCCUUAGUUCGGAGGUAAAUGUUUGCACUGCAAAUCUGUACGAAAUUUUGGAUCCGCUUAUUUCUCGUUUUGUCCCCCGAAAGAAAAUUAUUAAUGGUGGGGAUGAGGUUUACCUACCCUUACCCUUUCAUCGCAGAUUGCGCAGGCUUGAUCGUCGUUUCCAGCUUCAGAACGAUGUUUCUGUUCUGCCCUUGAUUUGUGAUAUACUUAAGAGGGCUAAGAGAUUGUCUGAAGAAAAACAGCUGGCCGAAAUAUCCAUUUUACCGAAAACCAUUCGUUUAAUUUCUCGAAACUUUUCUCUAGAAAAAUACGAACUCACCGAAAGACGCAGCAUCCCAUCCUCCGAGACUUUCUCAGAAAUCCUAUAGUUGAUGCCCAGUAAAUCUCUGAUAGCCUCAAUGUUUUCCUGUCCGACAUUAUUCAUUGAAGUCUCGACCAUUCCGCUUCCGACCAUCCAGCCAUUGGCUGGGCAGUUCCAGAAACUAUAACUUUCACUCUGUGAAAUGUGACUAAUGCGAUUCGGAGUUUUCGUCAACCUUAUAAUCCAGGACCUGAUGGUGUCCCAGUAAGCAUUUUAAAAGCCCAUGCAAAUACGAUUUUCCCGUCCCUCUUGCUCUUGAACCUGAAACCUCUCCUACCUUGCGGAAUGAAUCACACAUUCUGCCCAUUCCUAAGCACGGCAAAUCUUCAUCAUUUGAUUACUUUCGACCAAUAAACACCUCCCCGCAGUUUCGAAGAUCUUAGAGACAUUGUUCAAAGAGAAGAUGAUGUGUCACUUAACAGUGAAUAGCCUACUGAGAGCUGCUCAGCAUGGAUCAUGUGACACCUGUCAACUCUCUUACUUUGACUAUGUCCUCUUUCGGGAUAGGUGACAAACUUCUGAAUUUUAUAUCCUCUUACCUGGGCACUCGUACACAACGAGUUAAGAUUUCCAAUACUAUCUCCAACUCCACACGUGUGAGGAGUGGAUUCAUUCGGGGUAGUGUACUCGGCCGCUUUUAUUUUGCAUUUUCGUUAAUGAUGUACCCGAUUUAUUUCAGAAUGGUAAGCCCUUAAUGCAUGCCGAUGAUCUUAAUGUUGCAUAUCGAUAUAAGCCGGCAGAUCAUGACAUCGUGUAUGAGCUCCUCGAGAGCGAUCUACAGGCUUUCGCCCAGUGCUACCGCACAUGGCGUCUUUCUCUUUCUUGGCAUAAGUGCUCAGUCAUGUUGGUUGGCGACGACCACUAACCUCAACUUAAUAUUGAAGGUCACUCCAUAAAUGUGUCCAACGUUACUAAGGAUCUGGGCAUAUCAUACUCCAAGAGUCCCAAUCUCUCGGAGCACUGUGCCUUUAUAGUCUCCAAAGCACACAGAACGACGGGUUUAUCCUCCGAACCUUUAAAACUAGGGACAUCAGAAUGCGCCUUUUCAAUAUGUACGUUAAACCUGGUCUGGAAUACUGUUCGUUUCUAUUUAGACUCAUGCGUGCUGCUGAGCGGAAGGAAGUAGAAUCCGUUCAACACUUUUUCACCAAGAGAAUUUUAGCCGCGGAACACCGACAUUUGUCUUACCAAGAACGUUGCCGGCUUACGGGCCUUGAUCCUUUAUGGUUCCGUAGAUUACAAAAGGGACUAUUUUUGCUAUUUAAACUCUUAUAUAGUCACACAUUUAACCCACUCACCUCUUUAAGACAUCAUAUCCACCCACGACGUAACAGUCACCGUGAGGUCUUUUUAUUUCUGCCUCUGGCACGUACUGUUAAAUAUCGUCGGAUCUAUUCUGUAAAUGCAAUUGCUAUUUGCAAUAAACUACCAAUGAGUGUGAAAACUCUGCAAAAUUAUCCUUAAUUUAAGAGAACUGUUACUCGAUUUUUGCAUUCCGAAAAGCUUCCUCAAAUUUUGGGUUCUGUAUCCACUGAUCGACUCUACUGUAGCGAUGGCGUUUGUGGCCUCUGAACACUAUGACCGGUCUCACCAGCUGUUCCUCAACGCCUCUACUUUGACUGUCCCCAACUUCAUGAAAGGAAUUGACGUUCGAUGAUCUCCGAUACCGUGCAACCCCCUAUCCCCCUUCUUUACCGUCGAAAAUCUAUCGCCAGCAGUUAUUUUUUAUUCUGAACCCUCCAAACCAAUAAAAACCAUCAUCAACUAUAUUUUUAUUCUUCAGGAGUUUUUUUUCACUGCUUGUUGGAUUUGUGUUUAAUCGCUUCCCUUGACAAUGCCUGUAAACUGGCAUUUAAUAAAUUAAAUUAAAUAUUAGACUUCAUAAUUGGCAAAUUGUUUAUUCUUAAAAUUCUCGAAAACUUCCUGUCCCACUCUGAUUGACGAGUCUGAAAGCAAUCGGCAAUGAGCCAAUCAGUUAUAAAAAAACGCGUCCACAAAAGUUGCGCAAUCGGGAUUUGAUCCCGUUGCCUGCGGAUCCGGAGGCUAGGAUGUUAAACACUACACUUCCGACGAACGGCCGGACGCUGGUCAGAUUAGUUUGUUAACUGCAGAAGAGCAGCUGAGAACGGUCUUUAGUUCAUAAGCACUCUCUUGCCAUAAAAUGCCGCUGGAGGCAUUAGACUCCAGGGGGUUAAGCACAACAUGCUCCACGAGACAAGAGACAAAAUAAAAUCCAAUUCACUGUCAAGUGGCCUUGAAAACUGUAUGACAGACGGGACGGAUUUUGCGCUUGUCGGUCGCUGUGUCGGCUGUGAGUAACUUGGAAGGCGAGUCCAGACGCUAGAAGAGAAACAGGGCUUACUGACGGACAUCACUAUGGCUAUUCAGGAGCACAGUCAGAUAGAAUUACCAAAUAAUCCGCCAGAUUUCCGAAUGAUAAGUGACGAAAUUCCUACUAAUAAAGGCACCGGCGCGGAAAACUCAAAGUCAGUCAGGAAGAGGAAGCGUGUUAUGUCGCCAGGGGACACUACAGACAAAUUAAUACCGGUGGAUAAUGUGUCGGUCGACGUUCAUGCAUUAAAAAGAAGUCAGGUUUCAUAACUUACUAUAGUAACUUAACCUGCCAAAUCAUCAAACACUAAAGUUGGGAAAGCCAGGGUGACCCUUAGAAGAUCUGCUAGAAACAACAACGACUCGCCGUUAUUCUUGGAAGGCAAUGCUGUUACUCCACUUCUUCACAAGGCUAACUCAUCUAGAAAGUGCCCUUACCAAUCCGUUAAUGGAAAAGGAAACGAUAAGCCUUCGUGCAGUACAUUGCAACAGGGUAAUGAUUAUAAGAGCUCCACUGCCGGAGCAAGUACGUCACGUGAAAAUCCAUGCCCUAAACUCCCUACGCUUGCCGAAAAUCAGUCAAAUGUCGAAGUGCCAACAGCCGUCGGGAAUACUACAGUAGCAUGAUAUCGUCCUAGCGCGGACGGGACAGUAAUGAGCUCUUCCAUAAAUCUUAAGCAAAAUAUUACAUAAGGAGAGCCCCAGAGUCCACAUCCUGCAUUCCGAAGGAGCGAGUGACGCACGGCCUAGACCUUCUCCAUUAGUAAGCCGGUGCCGUCCUGAAGGAUGGAAAAAUAUUCACCGUUAAAAAAGUCUUCCAACUAGACAGAGUGGACCCAAAUCGUGACCUAAAAACAUCCCCAAGACCCGCUGGUUUUAAAUUUGAAGAUAAGUGGAGGAUAUUAUUUUUAGUGGUUUUUCUGUGAGAUCUAACGAUUUUAGUACCCGUUUUUUGGUUGAAUUUCCUUAAAUACAGGCCUUUUCUCUAAGUACUGCCCGCUGCCAUCUCCUUUCGAGUUUUGCUAGUCUACGCCCGCUGUUCACUAAUCGCAAUUUGCAAUUCUCAUUUUGUGCAUCCGAUUUCUCUCUAACUGUUGUAAUUUAUUUUUACAUCGUUAGCCCCUAGCCGAAAUUCAGUCAACAUGUCUGCCAUAAGUUUUCUUAAUCACAAAUUGCCUCAAGACAAGAUGAGACCAAAAGUCACUGGUCGACGUAAGCUCUCGGCUCUUGUAAGUAAACAUGGCCUAACUAAACGUAAGUCAGAAGCUUUACCUAAAUCUAUGUCAGAUGAUAUUACUAGUCAGUCGUCACCCGUUGUAAUUGGUCGGCAGCUUAAUCUGUCUGCACCUGACAGGUGCAAUGACUUUAUGCUAAAGUUUGGCUCUUUGCUGACAAUUCUUGUGCAUUUAUUCGACGGGAACAUCUCCGAUAUUCCCUCUGAGGAAUGUAGGCGUCUCGACUCACUUGUUCACCUGAUCGCCAGUGAAUCUAGUGAUAGACAGAAGCGUUCUUACAACUUCCUGCUAAAAAAUGUUCCUCGAUCUGCUCGGCCAAUUGAUGUUGCGACCAGUUUCCUGUAUUCAUGUGGUUUCAACUAUAAAAUAGCUGAUGCCAAACGCUUGUCCUCCCGUAGUACAAAUACACCCAUCUUAGUCAAAUUGUUUUCAUCAAUCGAGGUUGACACAAUCUUUACUCAUCGAGAGCGUGUCACUGCGUACCUAGAGAAGGCAAAAUUUUUCCUUUGUCAUGAUCUUACUCCUAUGGAGCGUAGAAUGGGGUCUCUAUUCUCACGUAAACCUACUGCUUCUCAGUCUAAUGCUCCCCAACUCGGUCAUAAUACAAGUGGCCGUAAGGAUUCAGCUUCUCAGUCUAAUGCUCCCCAACUCGGUCAUAAUACAAGUGGCCGUAAGGAUUCAGCUUCUCCUACUCCUGCGACAUCUGACUCCCUCCUUCCUCUUUCUCCGACAUCUCCAUCUCACUCGAACCACUUGACGCAUUUGCCUGCCCCUAAACUUGCAGCAGCAGCAGCAGCAGCAGCCCCAUUUGUCGUUUCGUAUCCUCCGGAUAGUCACGCCGAGACACAUGAAAGUCCGUCUACAUCAGCUAGACCGAUAACUUCUAUUGUCCAACUGGGUGCUGUAAGGUCUACAGCUCAGUCACCUGUGGCUUGGCGUCAGAACGGUGAGACUCGAAAAUUGAAUCAGACUCCGACCCAAAAGAAAGGUAGUACAGUUCCAUUUGGAGGUACUACGCCUUCUCUUAGAUCUAACAAGUCUGCUCAGCCCAGCACGUCUACAAAUCCCGCAGCUCCAAUUAUAUCCUCGAAUAAUUCUCAGUCCUGCGUACCGGUUACUUAUCAAAGCCCUACUAUAUAUCCAGCAACUAAUUCAUACAUGAAUUGCCCUAAAUCAUUUAUGCCCCAACCUAGUUCAGGCUUCCCACCACUUAAGGCCAAUUGCUCUCAGGUACGUCAACCUAUCUCCUUUGACUUCCAAUCUAGACCUGGUUUCCCACUAUUUCAUUCUUUUAGUGGCCUACCCUUACCCAUUAGCCCCUACUUUCCUUCUAGCCUCCCUCCUCCGCCUGCUCCUCCUCCUCCUCCUCCUCCUCCUCCUCCCCUUCCUCCAUUAUUUAA